UCUUUGUCAGAAGGCGAGAGAACGGAGCCCCUGCGUUUAUUUCCCGCCUCCACAACUCGCGCGGAGGAAGCGAGGGUAGAAUUCAUGGGUUACCAUGGAGACGAGGCGACGCCGUCCCCGCUCGGAAUCUGGGCCUCCGCCCCAAAGAGACGCAGUUCGAUAUCCGGUAUCGCAUGGAGCUUUUUGCCUUUCUAACGGGUCUUCCGGCACAAAGAGGCCAGGGAUAGAGCGGCUCCGCUCUGCGUCCAUUCGGUCUAACACGCUUCUCCGACUCUGACCUUUCUGCCUCCGCCAACGCUGCGCGCCACUCCGCCCUCUCCCGCUUCCGUGCCGUCAGCUUCGCCGGAAGUGGGUUUCCUGCGUAGCGGUUUCCAUGGCGAUGGAAGAUGGCGCCUCGCAGUAAGUCAGGGUCCCGGCAGCGUUCUAGGGCCCUGGGGGCUGCGAGGUCACGUGACCGCGACUGAUCCCCGUGGAAGGCUCGGCUCCUCUUCAGUCCAGCCCCGCUCGCUCAGGGCCUCCCAGGACACCCCGAGUCCUGCAGCAGGGACAGGAACCGGGCUCCGGCUGCAGCCCGGCAGCGACGGCGGGGAUCCGACGGCAUCCCGCCAAGCGCUCCCCAGCCGGGAGGAAUAGCCGGAGCGAAGGGGAAGGAGGCAGAGUGGCCCCCGUGUCCCCAGAGCCUGAUGCGGGCCUCUUGGCUCCCCCUCGCGCUGAGCUCCCCCAGACAAACCAUCCUGCCAAAGGAGGGUGGUAGACUUGGGGCCACGUCCUGCGGGAGGCUGCCCCUUAGCAACCCUCUCGUAGUGUAAAGUGCCCAAAUACGGGGUUUUGGACCCAUCCAAGGGGUUCUCAGAUCGGUGGGCUGGGGUUUAUAUUCUCUGCUGCUGGUUGGUUUCCCUUUGCCUGAGGUAUGUUAGACCAUUUGCUGAGGUUCCACGCUAAGCUGGUGAGGUCGCAGCAUCCCAAUUUUGAGCUCACAACGUCCAGUGCAAAUACUAGAAAGGCAAAAUGGAGAGUGGCUGCACACAGGGCUUGUGUUUUCUGCCCUUGUCCAGCCAGCCCUGUACAAAUAUUGGCGUCCCCUAAUGGCUGUUGUCAUCUCAGGGCUUCCAUUUUGACAAUCUUCACUCUGUUGACUGAGUUUAGAACAGAACUGAGACUGUCUCAUUGCUGCUUGGCUUCUUAGCAGCAGUUUCUGCUUGACUCACACCCUUUGCCCAUCUCCUUUCCGAGGGAAAACCCACCUUGGGGUAGAUUGGAACAAAUGGCAGUCCUGGGAAAACCAGAAUUGCCAUUGGCUCUGAUUCAGCUCAAAAGCAGGGGGAAAGCAGGGCGACAAGAGGAAGUGUACAUGAACCCUAAUAUAGUCUCUCAAGAAAGUUUGUACUGCUCCUCUUUGAGAGAAGGUGAGAGUGGAACACAAAAUGUGUACCCCAUAGAUAAUCAUGUUCUGGUUUCACCUCCUAGAUCGCCAGCUUUCCUCCACUCCUCUGGAGAUUCUCCUGUUCCUGAAUGGCUGGUAUUACGCAACAUAUUUUCUGCUGGAGAUUUUCAUAUUUGUCUAUAAAGGUGAGUCUUUGAAGGGAUGAUGUGUUUGGGUUGCCUGCAGAAGGGUUUUUUUACGCAUUUACCUUGUGGCUCUCAGCUGAAGAAAGUGAAAGAACAAAGUGGAUAGUGAAAUUAUUUAUUUCUCACCUAGCUGCUUGAGAGUUCACAGCCUUUUUCAGAACCAUCCAUGUCCCAAUGUUUGUUGCUUUGCUGUUCUCUUAAUGCAUAUGUCCAUUUGUGCACCCACUUAGGACUCCUGUUGCCCUACCCCUCUGCCAAUUUGGCUUUGGACCUGAUUAUGCUUUUUCUCUAUCUUGGGAUUGAAGUGACCCGGAUAUUUUUUGGUGAGUAUUCAAUAAAAAUGUUCUUACGAGUAGUGCACUCACCUGCCAUUUUGUGAGGAUCUUUGAUGGCACUUGACCUGAAAAGAUGACUCCUGGGGAAACCCAGCCAGAUGGGCAGGAUAUGAAUAAAAUUAGUUGUUGUUGUUGUGGUUCACUCAUCGAUAAAUUCUGCUUCUCCAACAGCAAAGGUGUUUGAGAGUAGAGUAGUUGAGCAGAGUGUAAAUUGCUGACAGUGCCUUCACUCCCAUCAUUCCAGGCCUUCCUAAUUAUUCUGCUGAACUGGAAUAGGUGCCUCCAAUGAAAUGAUGCCCAAAGGCUGAAAAAGGGGCUCUGUGGUACAUUCCCUAAUUCGGGAGUAGGUAGGAGGCAAGACAACAUUAUGUGGGUGGAAAUAUGAGAUCCCAUUCAUCCAGUCUGACUGUCCUUCCUGACCUGAGACUAGCUUAUGAACUACAGUACAAAUGUUAAAUGCAAAAUCCCAUUCCUUAUUCUCAGUUAAAUGAUUAUUGAUUCAGGUAGAUAGCUGUGUUGCUCUGAUGCAGUCGAAAUAAUUUUUUUUAAAAAAGUUAUUACUUUUUUUAAAUUAAAAAAUGUUCACAGUUGUCAACAGGUUUACCAUACCCAUUGAGCCAAUCACCCAUCUCCUACUACCCUUCCAAGAAAUACCCCACCCCACCUCCCAUUAUAUAUAAGGAUCUGGUGAUUUCGGUUUCAGUGUAUCUGAAGAAGUGUGCAUGCACACGAAAGCUUAUACCAGAACAAAUUUAGUUGGUCUCGAAGGUGCUACUGGACAAUUUUUUAACUUAUUUAGUUAAAUGAGUUAAAUGAGAACUGAUCCCUGAGUUAAAUGAGAACAGGUCUAUGCAUUUGCUUUUUCAUAUUUUCUGUGUAUGGCAGGCUCAAAAGGGAACCUCUGUCAACGGAAAGUGCCCCUUGCUAUCAGUCUGGCUUUAACCUUUCCAGCAGCAGUGAUGGCAGCCUAUUAUCUGCUGCUGCAGACUUAUGCUCUGCGGCUGGAGGCCAUCCUUAAUGCUAUCCUCCUCCUCUUCUAUGCUGUGGAGCUGUUACUGGGUGUUCUCACUCUGGCUGCCUUCUCCAGGUACUUUACUUCCCUACCAUUAUGGUAUUUUAUGGAAAUAUUUUUUUAUGUGCAUUGAUUAGAUUUUGUUUCUUAAGACACUGACUGUAUUUACAUGUAAUGUUGGGUUUAGUGCUAAGUAAAGUUUCAGGCUUGUGUGUGAGUCCCCAUAUCCUCUUCCUUUAUGGCUGGGAGGACUUGGAAGGAUUUACUUUCACUUUUAAAUCCCUAUUUAGCAUCAUGUUGGAACCAAGAAUCCUGGUUUAAAACAACAAAAGUCCUGUGGCACAUUAAAAAGUAACAAAUUAGUUAUGACAUAAGUUUUCAUGGACUAGCUUAAGCUGUAAUAAAUGUGUUAGCUUAGCCUUUAAUGUCCCCCCAAGACUGGACAAUAUUCAACCAUAUAUCCACACUAGUGCAAGGAUUAGUAUUAGUACAGUGGGACUUCUGUGCCCCAUGCCAUUCCCAGAGCAGAUUUAAGGGGCAUGCAGGUGGGGAAUAUGCUCAAUUGCACAAGGAGAAAUCUUUCUUCUUAGCGCUGUGUUGAAUGCAAACCUUUCUGUUAUACUCUCUGGAAAUUGGUAUACUGUAACUCUGAUCGGUUUAAGAAGCCAACUUCAUAACCCAUAGUGUUAAGUUGAUUUAUUAUGGCACUUACCAGAGUUUUAAACCAGGAUUCCUGGUUCAGACAUAAUGCUAAGCUAGGAUUCUUUAAAAGGAGAAUUAAAUAGAGAACAUAAAAUCCUGCUGAAGUCCUCCUUGGCUGUUGUGGGAGAACAUGCAAGUUUGACGUUCUUUUUCUGAUUGAUUCAGGCUCAAUGAUGUAAUGCUAAAUUGCACAGGUGGCUUAUCAUAUAUUUAUGUUGGUUGGCUUAUUUCUUCAAACAGGGGAAUCAAUGGAAUAGAACAUGGGCUCCCCAGAUGUUGCUAGACAACUUCCAUCAUCACUGACUAUUGGCUAUGGUGGGAGUUGGAUUCCAACAUCUGGAGGGCUGCAGGUUCCCCAUCCUUGGAAUAGGUGUUCAGUUUGUUCCAAUGUAAAUUGGGUAAGAAGGCAGAGGUAUUUGCUGUCGCUGUUGCUAAGAUCCUCAAGUUUCGCUCUCUAUUUUCUGCAGUUUGGACUCUUACUGAGAACCUUUGUGGGCUGCAAUGUAUCGAACCGUGUGCUCUUCAGAUUGGAGAGAGGCUGCAUGAACCCUCCAUUUCUGUGGCUGGAACAAGAUGAGGUGUGGGUCCAAUUCCCCCAAUAAGCUGAAAGAAGGCGGCUCAACUUCUCAUUUCAAGCUCAUUCAGGUAGAGCACCAUUAGCAGGGUCUCCGGUGUCUGGAAACAGUUUUCAUGAGAUGACAGACCCACCCACCCUAACUAAGCUUGCAAUCCUCCUGGAGGGCGCCAGUUGAUCCAUUCCAACUUUGUACCUUGGGUAGUUGACUCUCGCAAGUCAAAAGACUAUGGGCCAGUGAAUGCCACCUAAUAAUCAGACUUUGCCUGCAGCUGGUGUGUCCUUUGAAUUCCCCAGCGUGGUACAUUCUAACAACUCAAGACUCUAGCAUGUGUGCAGUGACUCAGGAGGGCAGUCUUGCUCAUCCUCUCUAAUUGUUGUGUUACCUCCUGUGCCCUUUUCCUGAAUGGGGGUAGGGAUAAGGGCAGCAGGCCUUGUGCCCCUUCCUCCCAAAUCAGUGUUGUUAUUGGUGUGUAUUGACAAUUUGUGAUACUUGGUUUUCUACUGCAUCCUUGGAAUAAAUAUUUAUUUUUAAACUACUGUAGCUAUGUGGAGCUUCAGACAAACAUUGGUACACUGGGAGAACAGCGGUGCUCCUAGAAGCAUGGGGGACCCCUCUUGGGGUGAAGAGAGGUACACAUCUUUAACAUAACUGAGGCUUUGCAAAUCAUCCUAACUGCAUGAAGGUGGUUCAGAAGGGACCUCAUGGGCACAGAAAGUUUUUGCAUAAGGAAAUUCACAUUCAAGGGUCCUGGCUUGGGUCUGCUGUAGGUAGCAGAGCUUUCAUUUAGAGUUCAAGUAUGCCCUGUGUGAGGGAGGAUCUACAGAGGAAGGGUCAUUUCCAAGAGGUCUAACACAUGGGCCAAUUGGGCAUCAGUUGAGAUAAGCAUGAAGUAAGCCCACACAGAAAAAGUUUAUUGGUGGGAAGAGCAAGGUCAGAUGCUCUUAGAAAUGGAACAGUGUUGCUCCAGAUGCGUCUGAAGCCCCUGCCCAUAGUCGGCCUCCUUGCUCAGCCACAAAAAACUUGUUGUUGGGUGCUUUGAUGAUCAGGCAACUGGAGGAUGCAAACUGGAUGGUGAAAUUGCUGGGACGGUCACUGUUUACCAAGAUUUGUCCAUCGUUAUCCAGAGCCCAGUACUUGCUGCCUGUAGG